AUUUGUCACUCUUCGCCCUCCACUGCCUCUCUUCACCCCUCGUCCUGUAACAUCUUCAGACGAUAUUCUUAUAUAAACCUCCCUUCAACCUCAACCUCAUCUAUCAAGUUCCACAACAAUCUCAAGCUCACCAACUCAUAAGACUGGUGAGAUACAACACCUCGCGAUCUAGAAAGAAUUGCCCAAUGCGAUUCUCACCUUUCCUCUCAACCCUCGUCUACACCUUUUCCAACUUUUCCCGCGUCCGCGCCGCGCAGUCCCUGGGCACCCAGGCGCCUCUCGCAGCGAACCGCCAGCUCCGCGCUUCCAUGCCCUCGAUCCCGUUCCUGGGCGCUUUAUUUGGGUCUUCCGCUUCGCAGCAGGAUAAGAUGUCGUAUCCCGAUAAGAGGUCUGACGAUGAAUGGCGGGCUGUUCUGAACAAGGAGCAAUUCCGCAUCCUCCGCGAAAAGGGCACCGAACCCCCCGGCUCCGGCAAAUUCGACAAGCACUACCCCUCCGAGGGCGUCUACGCCUGCGCCGGCUGCGAAGCGCCCCUCUACAAGGCCACGCACAAGUUCAAGUCAGGCUGCGGCUGGCCGGCCUACUUUGACUCGCUGCCGGGCGCCGUCGUCCGCCACGAGGACCGCAUGUUCGGCAUGACGCGCACCGAGAUCGUGUGCGCCAACUGCGGCGGGCACCUGGGUCACGUCUUUAAGGGGGAGGGGUUCGAUACGCCGACGGACGAGAGGCACUGUGUUAAUAGUGUGAGUUUGACGUUUGCGCCGGAGGAGAAGAAGGGCGGGGAGGGGAGUGCUGAGGGGCAGAAGGGGGAGAGCAAGGUUUAA